AGCGUAUAGCUGGGAGGGAUGGGGCAGGGGGCAGGGUAAUGCCAAAUCCACGAGACAUUCCAGUUUUUUUCGGUUUUUGGUUUUCGGUGUUUUUGGUGACGUUUCCCCCUCCAUCAUCGUUGUUACUGUGGGGGCCACAGUUUAAUGUGGGACAGUUCCAUUUUGUGCCAGUAGAGGGCGCGGCUGCUUCAUCCCAGUCACUCCCCAGGUCGUAUAUAUAUAUCUUUCAGAGUAUCACGGUUCUAGUUUAGGCUUUUUGUGCUUUUUUUUUAUAUUUUUGAUUUUUUUUUAAAGGCACGCACCUCACCAACCCUCACACUACAUUUCUCACAGCGAACCGUUAGCGCGGUCGAGCCCAAACUCACACGGCUCGAGGCGGACGGGCUCGAAGGAACGUUUGUUUUCAAAGACUCUGAAGGUCAAGUGAGAGUUGUUUCCGAAAACACGGAACCCAGGGGCACCCUUGGGAAGAGUUUUUUGGGGCACGUGCCGGGUGUUGAUUUCCCAGUAUCACGAGGGCCAGCUUGGGAGAGAACACUUUCCCUGGGGCUUGUUUUCAAGCACUUCCCGUCGCCAGGACACGUUAAAGGUUUAAAUCCAAUCUCCAAACGGCUAUAAACGCUUACCUAGCUCAGAGCACAGCCCCCCGGCGGUAGCGCCUUCAAGAAACACCGGGAAACCUUUUUAUUUUAUUUAUUUUUUAUUGUUUAAAGUGCAGAACUGCCUGCACGUCCCCCCCGUCCCGAAGCUGUGCUGCGACUGCGUCCCGACUGUGGCUCCAGACCGAACGCAGGCCCAGCCCAGACCAAGCCCGCAGAGGUCCAGAGCAGGCACGGAGCUUAAAAAGUCUGCUUCUGGGAAAAGAGUGCGAGGGGUUCUGAAGACUGAUUCUGAGAGCUCUCCGCUCACCGGAGAGAGGAAGCAAGCUGCCCCUGGAUCGGGGUCUGGACCGCAGAUGUUUUAGCAGAAGACAGACACGCGUGCGCACACGUGCGUGCGCACACACAGAUGCACACACGCUCACACACACACACACACUCACACACUGAAACGUAUCCUGAAUGCAUGCCAGUGGCAAGGAUAUGCUGAUGCAAGUGGCUUCUGCAAAUGCAAUGCAGUGUUUUUGUCGUAUUUGUUUCUGCGCUACUUUUUGCCACGGGUGGGUGCACAGAAACGUACCCCUUCAGCAGUGCAUGCAUCCUCUUACACCAGUGGUCUCCAACCCUGGUCCUGGAGAGCUAGGGUCUGCUGGUUUUUGUUUUCACCUUAAAAUCAGCACCCAAUUGAGACCCAAGACACCAGGUGAGUUGAGUUAACUGUGUAGUCAACUGCUCUUAAUUGAUUCAUGAAGUGCAGAGUCACUAUGAAAACCAGCAGACCCGGUAGCUCUCCGGGACCAGGGUUGGAGACCACUGCUCUACACACUCUCCUGAAAAUGACACCUCCACAAGUGCCCUGUCGCUUGUUGGCCUGAGUGUACACACCCAAAUCAAGCUUACACUCCGGGUCACCAGACCCUGAAGCAGAAGUGAGAGUUGAUGCGAUGUUCCUCAGCCACCAGGCUUUUGAGACUGCGUGUAAAUUUUACACUGUUGCUUAUUUGUAGUAAACGGGCAUUAUUCUACCUACGCAGCACCUCGUAAGAUCUUACAGGGGUCUGUGUGCUCAUUUGGGCCGUUUAUGUUCUUUAAAACAGUGUUGAAGCCCCGCCCAUGCUGCUUCCGCUGAGCGAGGAUGGCUGACGGACAGGACUCCGUUCAGAUCGGGGAGGACAGAUUCGUCAGCAAGAGCGUUCUGCUGUCACACCUGAAAACCUACAACCUGUACUAUGAGGGACAGGCGCUCCAGCUCCGACACAGGGAGGAGGAGGACGAGCUGAUCGUGGAGGGGCUGCUCAACAUCUCCUGGGGCCUGCGACGACCAAUCAGGCUUCAGAUGCAGGACGACAAGGAGCGAAUCAGACCGCCUCCCGCCUCCACAUCCUGGCACUCGGGCUGCAAUCUGGAGGCUCAGAGUAAAGAGGGUUCCCAGCAAGCCCCGCCUUCUGUCGAGGUGACAGAGCCAGAGGGCCAAUCGAACAACAGCGCUGUGAAGAAGGAAGCAGAGACAGGAGAGGAAGAGUCCCCACAGCUCCUGAGGACUAAAAGUGACGCGGGGGUGUGGAGGCGGGGCCCCCGGCGAUCGCCUAGCGACCAGCGGCGAAUCAGACGCCAUCGAUUCUCCAUCAACGGCCACUACUACAACCACAAGACAGCAGUGUUCACCCCUGCGUACGGCACUCUGACGAACGUCCGUAUCAACAGCUGUAUGACGACCCCUCAGGUCCUGCGCGUGCUGCUCAGCAAAUUUAAGAUCGAGAACAGCCCGGACGACUUCGCCUUGUACCUCGUGCACACCAGUGGCGAGCGAGCGAAGCUGAAACGCAGCGAUCAUCCCCUGGCGAUCCGUGUGCUCCAGGGCCCGUGCGAGCAGGUCUGCAAGGUCUUCCUCAUGGAGGAGGACUUGGGAGAGGAGGUCACCUACGACGUGGCGCAGUACAUCAAGUUUGAGAUGCCGGUGUUGCGGAGUUUCAUCACCAAACUGAAGGAGGAGGAGGACAGGGAGGUACAGAAGCUCAGAAAACGGUACAAAUUAUUUCGCUGUAUCAUUGAGAAGCAGUUGCAAUCUCUGACCGAGCGGUCCACCUAUGUGUGACCCCGCCAUACUGCAGGAACCCCAAGAAAACUCUGCCUUAACUGGGUUUCUCACCCUCCUUCCAUCCUUCCACCUGGUUCCUCUUACCUUCUAUCCCUUCUUCAUACAGUCUCUCCUUCUCCUUUUUUUCGCUCUGUUUUAAACUCACCUGGUACAGGUGAGAAGCAGUGGCAGUACUGGUGCAGAGCAAUAAUGCCCGUUAUGACACCAAUGUCAGAAAAGAAAGACGUUUCCUAUAGCACUUUUUUCCCAUGGGACUUUGCAAAUAUAUAUACGGUGACUAACCCAGCCAAUCAGACUGUCCUCCUGCAGGAGGGCAAAAGCACAUUCCCCUGAGCUGAUUCUGCCUAGCUCAAACUGCCUCUCUGUCAGGUCAGGGCAGGAUUAGGUCCACUCGCGUCACCACUGAGCUGCUUCUACGUAUUUCCGCUACGGAACAGGCUCUCUCAAUGUUUACACUUUGGAAGAGGCUUUUCAGAGGUGUUACGCUGUAAAGCAGGCUCACUUAACUGCCGCACUGCUGGAACAGGCUUUUCUGAGCACUUACACUGAGGACAGGCCUGCUGACCUCAGCCGCGGCUUGGCUCGCUUUCCAGUAACCUCUCAGCUCUGUGGUCCUCGCUGGCCAAGGGGGACAGGUGUGCUGUCCAUCUAGGACUGUCCUGUGACGGACAGGACAUGGUGCCCAAUCAGGAGGUUCUCGUUCCGCACUCAGUUUGGACACCCCCCUGACCCCAGGCUCUUCCAGCGAAUGCAGGCCGGACCAAUUCUUCCCAUUCCAAAGCACAUGACCCUCCACUCCAUCUCUGAACCCCAAGCCUGGCCUUUUUAUUCCAUACAGAAUAUGAGCAAUCCAUUAUUCAUGUUUCUGUAUGAGGUUUUUUCCCAAAUAUGUUUUUGGGGGUGGGGGGUUCGUUUUCUGACAGAAUCCAGCCAAGCACAUUACCUUAUGAUGGCACAAAAUAAAAACACUGCUAUUGCAAAGAUGGCUCCACAAAGAUGAUUAUAGAGACAGUUGGAUUUAGUGCAAUGUUUAAAGCAGGGAUCUUUCACCCUGAUUCUGGGUCUGUUGGUGUACUUUAGCAAUUAAAGAGGCCUCGUGGGUCUAAAUUGGGUGCUGAUUUUUUUAGGCAAAAACAAACGCAGGAAACCCCACAACUCUCCAGGAUCAGCAUUGAGGACCCCUGUUUUUAAAGAUUACGUUUGUGUGUGUGUGUGUGUGUGUGUGUACUGUAUGUGUGCACACACUCCCGCCCACACGUAUGUUUAUUUUGAUUGCAGAAACUGAUCAAGUUCAGUUGAAAAGCAUUUUGUGGAUAUUGUGUAACCAGCUAUACAAAGAGAUCUGUGGAGCUGAUGGCCAAAAUAAUAGAUGUUCUAUUGUGUUUGCGCAUGUUUGCGUCUUCUUGUGUUGUUCGUGUAGUUUAUUACGGACUGUUAUUUCUGUUUAUUUUUAUUUUGUAUCUCAUGAAUAUUUGUGUACGUUGGUGUGUUUUUUAAUACCGAGAAGACCUUUUAUUUCUUCCAUGUUAAGGACAAUGCCUUAAAUAUGAAUGCUUUUGAUCUGUCGGAUGAUACGUUGAUUAUUUAAAAUGUAAUAAAUAUGUGUGCCUGGCAGAGUC